GAAAUUCAUAGGGGUUUAGACCAACAUGAGGUGAUUAAUGAUCAUCGGUUCAAGAUGAAAGUGUGGCAUUAGGGAUUGGGUGCAUGGUGUACCUUACCGUCCACAAAAUCUGAUGUUGCAGCUGUUUUGGAGACCUUCGUGAUGUACAUAAUGUUCCUCUGUUAUGGCAGCAGGAGCCAAGGCUGUCACAAUCUCAGCCAGGAGGACAUGAGCUGCUACGCUUGUAGAACCAUACUUAUUUCCACGCUUUUACUUGUCUUGAAAAAGGCGGUUGCUAACACAUGGCUAAAUGUGACUACAGAAGUUGUCGGGGACAUUAAACGUCAUCACACCGAACAGUUUGACACCUACUGAGGGUACCAGUACCAGAACGUGAUGGCACAAUAUCCAGCUGCAGCCAGACAAAGAAGUUUCCUUCAGAGAACAUGAGGGGAGAGAAACCUGUGACACCAGCGUUUGAAGACCAUGACAUCCAACAUUUCUUUCUUUCUCUGCCUGUUGCUAGUGUCUCGUAGUUCGACUGCAGUCAUCACCGGGGCAUGUGAGAAGGACUCUCAGUGUGGAGGUGGCCUGUGUUGUGCAGUCAGCCUGUGGAUCCGGAACCUGCGAAUGUGCAUCCCAAUGGGUCAGAUGGGAGAAGAAUGUCAUCCAAUGAGCCACAAGGUGCCUUUUUUUGGGAAGAGACUCCAUCAUACAUGCCCAUGUCUGCCCAACCUAGCCUGCAUCACCACAGCUGAUGGCAAGUCCAAAUGUCUCCCGCCAUUUCCUUUCCAGGAUCAAUACCUGUAAUGAAGAUGUUUGCCUGUAUAGCAUGCUAAUGUUUGUAUAAAGUGUAUAGUUGCAAGUGUUUUAGACCUAUUUAUUUUAUUGAAUUUAUUUAAUCUUCAUGAAAAAUGAAAAGAAAGUAAAUUAUAGUGAAUUAUAAUAAAAUGAUAAUGAAUAGAAAGUAAAUUAUAGUAAAUUAUAAAAAAAAAUAGCAAAUGAGGUCACAAAAUAUUGGCAAAAAUAUGACCUAAAUAAAUAAAUAAAAAUAUAUCAAUUCUUCUCAUGCUUAAAAUAUUAUACACUAAGGUAGUAUAAAGCUAAUUUCUUCUAUUAAUUUUGCUUUUACCUGUGGUUCUUACAGAAAACAGUGUGCAGUAAUGCUUGGAAAGUGAGAAAUCAGAUUAAUUUUUUUAUCAGUGUUUUUAUUUGUUCUAUUUUCAGCUAUAAUAUACUGCCUAGCUGUCUCAAAUUCUGCUUCUUUACUACAUCUUCAAAGGAAAAAAAAUGAGAAGUGGGCUACUGAAGUCUUGAAUUAGAGAUUGUAAUACCUAUUUGAAUUUGACACCAAGAUAAAUGCUACUUCAAGUUUAGCAUAGAGGCAUGGCAAACAUGUUUGUGGUUGUUAUCAGAGUGGUAUGCAUCAACUCUUUGAUAGUUCAUUAGUCAAGGACUAAAACACAGUCAUUCAGUCAGUCUGCAAAGUGCAUGACAAAUAAAGUUAUUGUCUCCUAAAAGAAAUAAUCGAUUCUGAACUGCCAAAACAAGACGUCAACAAUUCCAGUCUCACUUCCUGUUACAUUCCUAUGUAACAAUGUAAAAACAAUUGCAUAAUGCCAUUCAUUGGCUGCCCGUGAAUAACAUAUUUGACCUGUCCUCAAACACUGUAGUUGUAGCUGAGGCCUGGAAGAGUUUAGUUUGUGUUGUCGGCAUGUCGAGAAGAUGCUGUUUUCAGCACUAUUAAUCCACUUUGCAUGCACUUCAUUCAAAGCACUUAAUGCAAUUCUCGCGCUAAAAUUGAUUUUGAAAAAAACGUUGCCGUUGUUACUGUUCGUCUCAUUCGCUAUGUUUCCAUCAGUAUCGCAUCAGAAACUAGUGAUGGAAACGCCUAAUUUCGGAAAAAAAAAUUCCCUUAAAAAAAGUUUUUACGCUCGCUUGAGGUGGUUUUUGACUUGUGCAAAAAAGGGUUAAUGCGAAUAAUGGGAGAUGGAAAUGCAUUUGCUAAAUAAAUUCUGACUUAGCGAACAUUAAACCCAUGUGACUAUUUGGCUGUUUCCGUUGAUGGUGUUAUACAGAUAUGUUAUACAUUUAUGUUUGAUUCUGUUAUGAUGCAUUAAUUCUGGAUGUACUGGAACUCGUUGUAUAUGUGUUUGUGCAAUGCAUUUUCCCUUUGAUGCUUGCUGUAGAUAUGCAAGGGUCAUGCACACUUUUGUACUGGUGUGUCACGGGUUUUCCUGGGUUGUCCUUUCAUGUGUGUGACGCUUAAUAAAGCUGAGAAGAGUUCAGACAGCUCUCUUUUAUUUUCUUCUUACUCAAGUGUUUAGGCAAACCCUUCACGAACGCUUGGUCACAGUGUUUUAUUUACUGUUGGUUACUUGGUUACCAACACCACCGCCAUCCGCUCGAACAACUUGAUGCAAACACACCUAAUUCGCAUUGUUUUUUUGCAAACUUUGAAAAGAUUCGCUGAGGAUGCUUCCAGAGCUGAAAUUCAUAUAUGGUAACAGGUGUUUCGUUUCCGACAUGGUCUGUAAAUGGUGGUAGACCAAUCACAACAGACUGGGCAAUUGACCAAUCAGAGCAGAGCAGGCUUGCGGAAAGAAGGGGUUUAGAGGGGUUUUAACUGCUUUCAGACUCUGAGAAAUGAGGGGAUGUGCAAUGUAUAGUAUGAGAAAAUUUGAGUGUUUUUUGACCUUGGAUGCAUGUAAACCUAUUGUAGAGACCAUACUAAAUGAUUACCAUAUUUAUUUACCAUAGUAUUUAAA